UUGGACAGAAAGAACGAAAAGCAUUGUUUUUAUUCAUGAUUUUGUUUAAUGCACAUAUUUGUAGAAACAGGUGUAAACUUAUAUUGUGACUGUUGUCCUAGUAUGUCAGUGUUUGAGCCAGUAACUGAGUAGCUUGAGUUCCAUAACAAUGGGUGUAAGACAUACAUGUAGGUGGUCACUGAUGUGCAUCAGAAUUGUUAAGAUCUACAAAUGUGGUGUGUGCCAUAAACAUGUACAGAGGACCAAUAGUCUCGGUUGCUCAAGUGCUGUUACUCAGAGUGUGGCUGGCAAUCAAGUGGGUUGCUUUAGAUGUAGAGGUUGUGAAAAAUCUUUUAGACAAAAAGCCAGUCUUCGUGUGCACAGACGGAGACACUCGGAUGCAAAACCCUACAAGUGUGUUACAUGUAACAGAGGGUUUGUCACACAGGCUGGCUUAGUGAUUCACAAGGCAGGUCAUGAAAUGAGACAGUUUAAGACUAAAAAUCUUGGUCAUAAUAAUAUUACAGUUUCUGAUCACACUGAACAUCAAAACCAGAACGAAGAAAGUCAGAUUUGUAACAGACUUAAAUCUCAAAACCUUGAAAGUCAGUUUCUUAAAGUAGAAAUAGGUGACGAGUCCAAAAGAGUGUUGGUCAUUACUCAGAAUUCUACAGGAGAUAAAAAUUCAGCUGAAACAUUUGAUGUGCUGCUAAGAAAUUCAAAUGCAGUUCUAUCCCCAGCACAAAAUGUCAAACAAGAAGAUAUUAAUACCAAUAGUUCCUUGGCCUGGAUGAGAAGAAAUGAAAGUGAUAUUCAAAAUGAAAGAACUGUGGUUAAGAAAACAUUAUUGAUCACUGGUGAUAACAGUUCUUUUAUUUUCAAAAAUGAACCAGAAGUUAGUGAGAAUAACAAAACUUCAUCACAAAUCGAAUGUGAGGCCAGCACUAGUUACAAUGAUGAUCUUGAUAAUGCAUGUUAUGGCCCUUCAGAUUUCUCCCAUAAUGUCUCAGUAAAAGAAAAACACCAGAAGUCGGUAGAAACAUGUAGUUCAAAAUUAGUUAAAAUGCUGGAAAAGAACAAAAUUAAUGAUAAUAAAGACAUGCACUGCACAAGAUGGAAAACAAAAUCAUGUGUACAAAAAGAAUUGUCACAGCAUAUUUUUGUGGGUCACAGAAUAAUGACAAGGUCACUUGUGAAGAAGGAAAAGCAGUCGACCAAUACAAAGAGUUACAGAAAUAUGAAGAGAUGUCAAAGUACUCCAGAAAUGAAGUCUAAUGACAAGGUAAAGAAAUCUAAGACACAGAAAGUUAUUGGCAGUGUACAAAAGUGUUCAAAUUCAUGCGUUAAGCACGUCCUAAAAACAGAUGAGGUCAGUAAAUCACCAUCUGAAUAUGACCUUAAAACCCCAGGAAAACAGUCAAAGUUGUUCCAGUGUGAUCUUUGUAAGAAGAUGUGCAAUGACUCUUCUAAACUGAAAGAUCAUCUCCGACUUCACACCGGAGAAAAACCCUUCACUUGUAAUAUCUGCAACAAAAGCUUCAGAAUGAAGGCCUGUCUGAAAAUCCACAUGAGAGUGCAUACUGGAGAAAAACCCUUCCGUUGUGGCACAUGCGCAAAGGAAUUUAAGUAUCAUAACACUUUUAACAGACAUUUAGCCACACAUCAGUCAAAUACUGAUAAACAAAUUAGCUGUAAGAAUUGUGAAAAACAGUUCAUGAGUCGUGAAGGUUAUUGGGAUCACAGUAAAAAAAGGCAGAAAUGUGACACAUGUUCACAGUUAUUCUGUACCAUUUCUGCAUUAAAUGUUCAUAAGCAAAAAAAUCAUGUGGAAGCUUUUUCUGUGUCUAAAACAGAUGGGAAAGAUUGCCAGUUCUGCAAAAAAACAUUCAAGUCGAACUAUAAUUUCUUUGUCCAUAUGCAAAGACAUUCUCGAAAGGGUAUGCCAAUAAGAUUCCCAUGUCCAAUUUGUUCAGAAUCUUUUGACAGUUAUGACCUGCUACGUGUACACAGAAAAAAACACUCUGUAAAACGUGACAAGUGCGUUAGGUGUCCAUUGCCUCACUGUGGCAAAAUGCUAACCAGUCAGACUAGACUAAAUUUGCAUCUCAAAAGACACAAUGGUGAAACUCAGUACCUCUGUCAUAGAUGUGGCAUGCGCUUCACUGACUGUGUGUUUUAUCUUAAACAUAGAAGAGCGUGUUACCAGAAAAUAAAUACACACGAUUGUGCCAUAUGUGGAAAGGUCCUAAGUGGGUACACCGCUUUACAUAGGCAUAUUUUGUCUCACAAGGGAGAAAAACCAUGUCAGUGCGAAAUCUGCGGUGCUCGAUUUAACAACAGUUCCCACCUCAGGCGACACAAGCGGAUUCAUGUACGAAAAGGAGAAAUGCCUCCCUUUGAAGGCGAAACCAUACCAGAAACUGUAUCUGUGGAAUCGGCAUUGUGUUAUUCCAAUGCAACACAAGCCCAAAACUACACAGAGUAUACUACGUCUGUUGAUAUUGGGAAUGAACAGGUGGUGACGUAUAUUGUCAAGCAGGAAAAUGGCACUACGUGCAUAUCAACAGAGGAGAUACCUGUACACCUGCAGACCGAACUGAUGUGUGCAACAUCAAAUGUUGCCCAGGAACUGGAAGACGCAACUUGUCUCUUUAAUUCCUAAUGUAAAAUCCAUUUGAAAAGUCACAUAUCAAACAUGAUAUUUUGGUUGUAUGAACUAUUUGUUUAUUCUAUUAAAUUAGUUAUUGGGG